AUGGAGAGUUAGAUGUUCUAUGAUGAUGAAUUCCCGCCAAAUUUGCGUUCUUUGUUUAAUCCAGAAAAAUAGAUAUAGGAUUCUGCAAAGAUCCGACAUCAAAGUCUUAUUUGGGCACGAAUCAGUAAAAUUUAUCCAAACUAUAAUGUCAGAGUUGAAAAAAUAAAUCCAAACAACAUAGUGUAGGGAUCACUCGGAAAUUAUGAUUUCAUUCCUAUUAAUCCGUAAACAAAUCAACCAGCAUUCACAUAAUUAAGCAAUAAUGAAUACUGGCCUGUGAUUCUUGAAAAAGCGUGGGCUAAAAUACAUGGCUGUUAUGAGAAUUGUUCUUCGGGAAGAACUUAUGAGACUUUUUCAUUCUUAACAGGAGCUCCUUGCUAGAAUAUAAAGCAUCAAGACCCAGAAUACUUUUGGAAAUUUAUCAAAGAUUCUGAUCAGCAAUUGCAUAUUAUCUCUGCUGAAAGUUUUGAUGAAUAAUCAUAGAUUCCAAAUUUUGACUCAAAGGAUAUAGUUUCUAAUCAUGCCUAUAGUGUGAUCUUAGUUAAAGAAGUAGUUCAUAAUAAUAAAAAAUUAAGGCUAAUGAAGUUACGAAAUCCUUGGGGCAAAAAAGAAUGGAAAGGUGAUUGGUCAAAAUUAGAUCAGAAUUGGACUCCUGAUCUAGCCAAAUAAUUCGGGUUGAAAUAUCUGAAAGAGGGAGAAUUCUACAUGACAACAAAUGAUUACUUUAAAUAUUUCGCUUCAACAUCAAUUUGCAAGUUUAAUGAGUCUAUGUAAAGAACCUCAUUAUAAUUUACACAAAAGUUAAAUUAAAUUACGCUGAUCGAAUUUGAAGUUCCCCCAAGCUGUUAAGAUAAUUAACUUGAGUUAAUGCUAUAUUAAACUUCUCAUAAGACAGGAAGAGUUACUGAUAGAUAUUACGAGAAUUCAUAAAUCAGAAUGAUAGUAGGGAUGUCUAAAAAUCUUAGUAUUAAGAUGGCAUGCUUGAAGCUUUGCUUAAGUCUUAUGCUUAUCAAAAUUCCAUUAGAAAACCUUAUACUGCUUUUGGACUUGAAAACUCAUUUCAUUGUCUUGAUAUAGAUAGUUCAGCUACAGAUUAUGCCUUCUAUUAUGUUCAUAAUGAAUCAGACAUCAGGUUUCAUUCAAAUAUGA